ACCACCAUGCUCGUACAGUAUCAUGGCGGUCUGAUGUAAGGAAGAAUUGAAGUUUCAUUUUAUUGAAUCACUACAAACAACGCAGGUGGUGUUUAUUUACUGCUGGCUGCGAAAGAAUAAAGUUUCGGCUUGUAUACCAGGGGAGUCCGCGCAGGUAUGGUGGAUUUCUCCAGGUUCGUAUAGUAUGGGAUUCGAUCUCGAGUGACCUGAUCCUAGCAAACCGGAAUCGGUACAAGGCGCUUCAGCCUUCGCCACCGGGGAAGAAGCCAAUGUCUCACGCAGGGUGAACAGGCGGAGUGAGGGUAUACUUGCUCCACACAUGAGGAGCCAUCUGAUAAAACGACUGCCACUCAAGAACCUCAGAGCCUAUGGAUGCCACCGACUCUGAACAAGGGCAAGAGAAGCCAUCAGAGCAGUCUUUGGAUUUAACGCUCAGUUCAAGAGGAAGGCAACGUAAAGCAAAUUCCAAAUAUAGUGACUAUGAAGUUGAUUUUGGUUUAAGUAGUGAAAACUCCAACAAGAAACGAGGUAGAAAGAGUUCAGGAGAAGAGCCAACUUCAAUCAAGACUCCAGCCAAGCGUAGAGGACCUAAAAUACCACAGGAAGAAAACUGUGUUGAAAAAAAUCUCAAGAAAACACCUAAAAAGACAGUGAGAGGCAGGAAGACUCCCUCCAAAAGAACUCCAGCCAAAAAGUCUCCCACCAAAGAUGGGGAUGUUCCAGCAGCAGAAGGUGAAGGUCCAAAGAGGAAGUAUGUGAGGAAGCGAACUGUACAGCAAGUGGAACUGGUUACAAACCCAGCAUGUGAGAUAGUCCGGCAGAAAGCUCCGAUUCAGCCUGAAGAGGAGAUAGGAGCAGGUGGCCGUCCCAAGAGAGGUGCUGCUAAAGCGGCACUGAGGUACUUCCACACUUUAGCUCAAGAAGUGUUCAACCAGCCAGGUGAUGAGCCAGACUCCCAGCCAGCCACCAAUGGUGAAGCCGUCAACACUGAAUCAGAAGCGCAUCAAGGUUCUGCAAAGAAAACUCCCAAAGGAAGCAAAGGUCCAGGGCGACGAGGCCGUAAAAGGAAAAAUCCUGAAUUUAACAGUGAGGCCGAAGCAGAUGAAGACUUUGUGCCAGAUGCUGAAGAAGAAGAAGAUGUGGAGGAGGUGGAAGAAGUAGAUGAGUUAGAGGAUUCAGACCUGGACUUGGAACUGGGAAAGCUGGAAGGAGCCCUGCAGCUUUUCGUGUUGAGAAGUGUUAGUAGAGUUCUUAUCUCACUUUGAUCUCUUGAAGUGAGGUUUGACUGUUGUGAUUACACUGUGACGAACAAAAAGUUUCGGGAGGAGCACUACAGCACCUGGGUGUUUCCAGACUGGGUCCCCUCUACCAGUGCCCUGGCAUCUUGUACCACAAAGAUUGAUUUAGAGAAAUACCUGCCACAGGAACUUGAAUCAGCGGCUUUCAGAGUGUCCAGAGAAGGCCUCAGAAAAGAGGAGACGCCCUUGCAAAGAUUGUCCAGGUUCGGGGCUUUGCCUGCUCACCCCGAGCGCUGGGACAUGUUCUUGUGUGCAGGUGGGCCUGUGUGGGCCAUGGAGUGGGCCCCCACACCUGAUGGUGCUCGGCCCACUCAGUACAUAGCUCUGGCCUGUCACAGAGGGAUGGACGACCUGCACCACGAGCAGACAUACAGUGGGCCGUGACUGGUACAGCUGUGGGAAGUGGGCAACUCGACUUAUUCUACCAGACUCGCAGCCUUUCCUGGUUUAUGGCUUGCUCAGGACAAAGGCUUGAUCUGGCAGCUCAAGUGGUGUCCUGCAGGAGCCUGGAGAUUCCCAGCUGUAGCAGAAAAGGCUCCUUUCCUGCCCAGACUGGGUCUCUGGCAGUUGGCCAGCUCCACCAGCGUGGUCAAUUACAGCCUGCCCCACCCUGACGCCCUGCGCCGCAGCUGUAAUCGCCCUGUCUCUGAAAAUUCCAGUAAAGUCCCACCCAUCUACAAGGUGAAAGCAGUUUUAUCAUUGAAGCUUGGCUCUUUUAAAUCCCCCCGUAAUACACAGAGUGGGCAAGUCCUGUCCAUGGACUCUCCUCAAAAGCCACACAAUGUAAUGGCUGUUGGCUUCUAUGAUGGUACAGUGGGCUUAUGGGAUCUCACCACAAAGUCUUCACUGUUACGUUUGCGAGAGUCAGACGGAUCAUUGAGCCUAUUGCCGUACCGAUGCUUCCUCGCUCAUGACCACGCUGUCCGAGCGCUGUCCUUCUGUCCCGCCUCCAGACACCUGAUAGUAACGGCGGGAGAAGACCGCUUGCUGAAGACCUGGGAUCUGAGGAGGCUUUAUGAACCAAUCACAGUUCAGAAACGUUACCUGACCAACGAGGUGUACUGGCCUUUAAAUAUGUCUGGACUCCUUAUCGCUCAGGAGAACGCCUACGCAGUACAUGGUUUACAUGGAGUUCAUUUCUAUGACUACAACAUGCGAGCGAUCUUCGCCAUUCCGAGGACCGCCACCUUGUGGUCCAUAUCCACCUCUGAUUGGUUGAACUGUGUGGUGACAUCAGACACACUUGGUGAGGUGAUACUGUCCGUUUUACCUCAGUUCAUCUUCAAACGACCACUAGAAAGACGUUUUCCUGUCUACUUCACAUCUGUGGUGCCUUUAGAAGAAGAGGUGGUACAGGAUGUGGAAAGAGAGGAACAACAGCAAGAAACAGAGGGACCGGGUGCUGAAUCUGAAGGAGGAAAUGAGAAGAAUAAUGAGAAUAUUGGUGGGAGAAAAGGGAAAGGUCCUUAUCUGCAGUUUAAGAACUACAAACAGGCUGCAAAGAAGUACUACCUCCAACUUACAGACUAUGAUAUGCGCACCUUCGCAAACAGCGUGAAGCGAGCCGUGUGGAAACGCAUGAAAGACACCGAAGCGAAGACGAAGCUCAACGUUGAUGAAUUCCCUUUGGCUGCAUUACACAAGGUGCGUUUCAAUCCAAACAUGAACUGCCACCCCUGGCUGGUGUCUGGAGGGCAGAGCGGUCUGGUGAGACUCAACUGUCUGAGGAGUUUCAUCACCUCCAAUGGCAAGAAGAUGAUCAGGGAGCACCAGACCCAGUUCAACAACCUUUACUCCUCACAAGACCAGAGCCAGGUCGCCCAAACUGUGACAGAUCCGCUAUAGCAGGAACAUUCAAGAUUUGGAUGAAAAUGAACACCAAACUGCAAAAAA